GCCUUUGGUGCAAGUUGUUCCCGACGUAAUUGAAACUGUGGAGGGUAGGAACGUUACUGUAAUGUGUAACGUGACAGCGAAUCCUAAACCAAACAGGAUCAUAUGGAAAAAGCCUGAUGGAAUUCUUUCCAGCGCGAGGACCAUUGUUAUUGAAGGAAAUCUCACUAUAAAAAAAUGUCACUACACAAGAAAACGGCUCCAACGUGUGAACUGCGACAAACCCCUGCAGUACCAAAUCAUCGUCAGUUCUCCUUCGUGUCUUUUCAGCUCUCAAAUUUGUCAUCAGGCCUCCGUCAAAUGUGACAGUGAUGGCGCAUGAAGCUGUCAUUCUGCGUUGCUGUGCUUCAAGCCACCUGAAGCCAGCCAUACUAUGGAUGUAUGAUGGAACUUUUUCCUUUUCUUCAGGAGCGACUGUUGACUCCUUGAAUGUUUUGACCAUUUUAUCUGCUAACAUAUCUCAUUCUGGUUCCUACACUUGCAAUGUGGCUGAUGCAUUCAGCUCAAGUCAAACAAGGGUCACCGUUCAUGUAAAAUACCCUGAAACCUGCAGCAAAGUAAAGACAAGCAUCAGCGAGGUCAGUGGUGAUUACCUCAUCGAUCCUGACGGUGUUCUUGGCGAGGAUCCAUUUCCUGUAUACUGUAACAUGACUGGCAAAGGAGGCGUUGGAGUGACAGUCGUCGGUCACGACAGUGAAAACAGAACGCAGGUGAUAGGAUACGAAAAGUGCGGUGAAUAUUUCGUUGAUAUUCAUUACAGAUCUGCCAGCAUAUCUCAGUUAAAAGCUCUGACGGAAGCCUCUGAUAACUGUCGACAGUUCAUACAAUACGAGUGUUUCCACGCCACUUUAAUUAAAGAUGGAUAUUCAUGGUGGGUUUCACGUGACGGCCAGAACAUGAUGUACUGGGGGGGAGCAAACUUAACAACUGGUAGCUGCAUAUGUAGUUUAACUAGAUCGUGUGAUCAAAAUGAUCAAAAGUGGCGGGAAGACAGCGGUUUUCUCACCAUCAAGUUCCACCUUCCCGUCAAACAGCUAAGAUUUGGUGACACGGGAGGACGACAUGAAAAAGGAUACCACACCUUAGGAAAACUAGAGUGCUAUGGCCUGACUUAGGUGCAGAAAAAAUUGAAAACAUGAAAAUUCUGACCAUAAUCGAAACAAAUCAUAUGUAAAACUAUAACCAAUCACCACUGGGUCGCUUGAUAUAAUUCCUGCACUUAAGGUUUUUUUGCAUGGUUAUACACCGUACUCAUUAUUUUUCUUAUUACGCCUCGUUGGUGCUACGCAAUCUAAAAAUAUAAAAAAAGCAAAAAACUGU